AUGCCGCCACAUCUACAGCGCGUGCUCCGAAUUGCAUGCGUUGUGCUGUUCGGUUUGGACCUCGCGCUCUUUGUGCACGCGCUCUUUUCGUUCAAUGACGUUCAACGAGGCGAUUUCAGGCUCGAUCCCGACGUGGGUAAGUCCACUGUCGAACUCGGGCGAGCACGUGGCUACGUCGUGGAGACGCACAAUGUCACGACAGCCGAUGGGUACGUUCUCAUUAUGCACCGCUUGCCACAGUCGUACGACGAGAGCCAAGCGAGCAUGGACGUGGUCAAUAGCAGUACCCUGCUGGACGACAAGGCAGGACGCCAGUCGACGAAACCCGUGGUCCUGGUCCAGCAUGGAAUGGUUGCCAGUAGUUUCUCCUGGGUGUGCGACUCGCGGAACCACAGUCUCGCCUACGUGCUUGCAGACGCUGGCUACGACGUCUGGCUCGGCAACAAUCGUGGCAACCGGUACUCGAAUGGCCACAUGGAGUUCACGACCGAAGACAGCGCGUUCUGGGACUUUUCCUGGGAAGACAUGGGCAAGUUUGACAUGCCUGCUAUGAUUGACUAUGCUCUUGCAACGUCGCAACAGGAGACCCUGUCUUUCGUCGGGUACUCGCAAGGGGCACUUCAGGCAUUCGUAGCUUUUGCCGAGAACCAGACGCUCGCUCGGUCCGUGUCCUACUUUGCGGCGCUCGGACCUGUUGCCUACAUGGGCCAUAUCGAGUCGGAGGAGUUUCAGCUCCUUGCUCGUACCUACGCAGACAAGUUCCUCGGGGUCUCUGGUCAAGACGAAUUCUUUUCGGGUAGCACGUUGCUGCAAAAUGUCAUUGCACCUACUGCCUGCAACAUGGAUCCUCAAUUGUGCGCCUCGGGGUUCGCAAUUUUGGCCAAAUCCACCGAGAACUUGAACUCGUCGCGCAUCGGCGUUUAUCUCUCGGACGUGCCUUCGGGCACCUCUGUCAAGAGUUUCCGCCACUACGCACAACUCGUCCGCGCAAACACUUUCGCUGCGUUCGACUAUGGCUGCAGCUGUCCCAGUGUGCUUGGGGUCAAGCUGUGUCCUGAGAGAUUGUGUCCCAACAAAGUCAAGUACGGCAGCAUUGAUCCACCAGCCUUCCACCUCAGCAGCAUGAGGUACCCUCGCAUCGGACUCUUCACUGGCGGCAACGACAUCUUUGCCACUUCAGCUGACAUCGAUCAGUUACGAGAAGCGCUGCCGUCUGGCACCAUUGUCUACGACGAGGAGGUCAGCAGCUUUGGUCAUCUGGACUUUACCUGGGCCAUUCAAGCCAACGAGGAGCUCUAUCAGCCCAUGAUCGAGCAGCUCAAUCAGUACGCCGACACCGGAUACAAACAUAGAAAAGAGAACGAGGAACGCUAG